UUUAGAGAAGACGAAGGUUUUAUUAAAGAAGAAGAAAAACCGUUACCAUCCCAUGAAUUCCAAAGAAAAAUCUGGUUAUUAUUUGAAUAUCCUGAAAGUUCACAAGGAGCACGAGUUGUAGCUAUAAUUUCUGUAUUUGUUAUACUAUUAUCAAUAGUUAUUUUUUGCCUAGAAACCCUUCCGGAGUUUAAACAUUACAGAGUAUUUAAUACUACUACUAAUGGUACGAAGAUCGAAGAAGAUGAAGUACCAGAUAUCACGGAUCCAUUCUUCCUAAUAGAAACAAUAUGUAUUAUAUGGUUUACAUUUGAAUUAUCAGUGCGCUUCCUAGCUUGUCCAAACAAGUUAAAUUUCUUUCGUGAUGUAAUGAAUAUUAUCGAUAUAAUUGCAAUAAUACCGUAUUUUAUUACUUUGGCUACUGUUGUAGCUGAAGAAGAAGAUAAGUUAAAUUUGCCAAAAGCUCCAGUUAGCCCACAAGACAAAAGUACGAAUCAAGCAAUGUCACUUGCCAUUCUUAGAGUCAUUCGAUUAGUCAGAGUAUUCAGAAUAUUUAAACUAUCCAGACAUAGUAAAGGUCUACAAAUCCUGGGUCGUACACUGAAGGCAUCAAUGAGAGAACUUGGCCUUCUCAUAUUUUUUCUCUUCAUUGGUGUAGUUCUUUUUUCAUCUGCUGUCUAUUUUGCUGAAGCUGGGUCUGAAAAUUCCUUCUUUAAAUCUAUUCCUGACGCUUUUUGGUGGGCAGUUGUUACAAUGACAACAGUUGGAUAUGGCGACAUGACUCCUGUGGGUGUCUGGGGAAAAAUUGUUGGUUCUUUAUGUGCAAUAGCUGGUGUUUUAACAAUUGCAUUACCAGUACCAGUAAUUGUUUCAAAUUUUAAUUACUUUUAUCACCGAGAGACUGAUCAAGAGGAAAUGCAAUCACAAAAUUUUAAUCAUGUAACUAGUUGCCCAUAUCUUCCAGGUACUUUGGGCCAAACUAUGAAAAAGAAUUCAAUGUCAGAAUCAUCGUCUGAUCUAAUGGAACUAGAAGAAGGUAUUUUAUUAAGACGCUCAGAUGUUAUAAAGAAAUCAAUCUGCAAUCCUCAUUACAAUAAUAAUAUACAUCUUGCCUGUAUAAGUAUUGAGACUGAUGUCUGACUAAACGGACUGGAAUGGAUACAUAUAUGCUGAUAAUCUAUUAUAAUAGUGUCAACUUUCUGCAAAGUACCUGAUAAUAAUAAAAGGUCUUUAUACGUGAAUACAUAAUUGGAUAUAGGCCAAGUAUCUUCUAUGCACGUAUUAAGAGUUGAAACAAUUACAUUAUGAUCAAGAUUGAAAAAACUAAUAUAGUAAAGUGUUGAA